GAGGUGAACAGCUACGUUAAACUUGAGUCAGGACCUCGGAGAACGCGCGUCUGCGCAGAACAGGUUGUAAAGGGUAAAUAAAGUGAAAUAGACAUGUUUGCGUUAACGUCCAUCCUGAGGACGAGCAGCUUUCGGUCCUGCAGCCGGCUGAGCUGCUUAAGGAAACCUCCACUCCACAGAAUCUACUCUAAAAUGUCGUCAGACUCUCAUUGGCUGAGCCCGGCAGACCGGGAUCAGCUGGUGAUGGAGCUGCGGGCGACAGGCUGGAUGGAGGUGGAGGACCGCGACGCCAUCUUCAAGGAGCUGCACUUUAAAACGUUUAAUCAGGCGUUUGGCUUCAUGUCUCGAGUCGCUCUGCAGGCGGAGAAGAUGAACCAUCAUCCAGAGUGGUUCAACGUUUAUAAUAAGGUCCAGAUUACUCUGACCACUCAUGACUGUGGAGGGAUUUCUAAACGGGACGUCAAAAUGGCCAAAUUUAUUGACAAAAUUGCACUUUCAAUAUGCCUGAUUCUGGAUUUUUGGGUGGAAAGAUUGCAGAUUUGACUCCAUUUUAUCUCCGACUUCUUGAUUUUGGCAGCAUUUCUCCUUGCAGAAGGUAAUAAAAUAAAUUGUGAAUACUUUUUCUGCGUGGGACUUGGCAGGAAACGACUUGUUCCUGACUCCGUCCUCCUACAGAGUCGUAUUUUUUUGUUUUGGCUUCGCAGGUUGGAGCAAAUGAAGGACCCCUUGAACUUUUCCCUCUUUUUUAUGUAUUUACUGGGAUUCUUCGAUAGGUCAACAUGAAGUGGUGCAUAACUGCAAAGUGGAAGAAAAAUGGCGUACAAAUAAGAAAUCUGGAAACUGCUCAGCGUUUGCAUUCAAUCACUUUCACUUCUAUUCCUCUAAACCAGGG